AUGGGCCGUGACAACGAGCUCAUGGCUCUCGUAUUUAUACUCGCCGCCAUUCCUUGGUCGGCGCUUCUCUGUUUCGCCGCUGAUAUCAGCAGGGACUUUCCGCAUUACGCACACAGCACGCCGAUCACCGGAUAUCGGAUACCUACCAUGCCGGACGAAGACGCAGACUACAAACAGCAAGUGGAAGAAGCCAACCAGACACUCAUCGACGGCCUGGAGGCGCAGGUGAAGGUCGCUGAGAAAGGAGAGGACGUAGAGGAGAACUCGUGGGAACCGUUCUUGAACCAAUUGAAAGGACUAGUCGCAGAUGGAGAACUUCUCGACGAGACCCGUGCGGAAGUCGAAGGGUUCCGAGAUAGUCUACUGGGCCGCAGCAAUUUUUUGCUUCAGUCUAGGGGUAGGGAGCUUAGGGACGCCUUGAAUACGCCGGUUAGGGACGAUUGA